AUGUCUCCAACUAUCUUGACUGUACCCGGUGCAUGGCAUACCGAUGACGCUGAGUCAUUGCGGACGAAACUUCUACUCCCUCUUGUCGAGGAUGGCAAGGAUGUCGUUGUGUUAAUGCAUUCUUAUGGUGGAAUGUAUGGUUCACAGGCUGUCCAAGGCUUGAGCAAGAAAGAGCGGGAACGAGUGGGUAAGAAAGGUGGUGUAAUUGCCCUGAUAUACGUUUCAGCUGUUACACCCGUUGAAGGAAAAACAACGUUGGACAUGAUGGGCACAGACGCAAAGAAUCUUCCUCCAUGGGUUGACUACAACGAGACAGCAGGCUGGGUCAAAUUCACAGGGGCAAAAGAAACAAUGUAUCACGACAUUGUCGACACAGAAGCAGAGUAUUACAUCUCUCUGCUGAAAGAUCAAGCCUUGAAUAGCAUGAACACGCCGAUUUCUUAUUCUCCACUCACAGAUGAGAAUUACAAGGGAAAGGCGGGCUAUGUUAUCUGUGGGGCUGAUCGUGUUGUGCCCCCGGCGGGACAGGAGGUGUAUGCGGCUGUAGGGGCGAUCGACAGGAAAGUUACAGUUGAGAAGGCGAGCCAUGCGUUUUUUGCUACGGCGGCUGAGGAGACGGUUGAUGCGGUUCUUCAGCUGGUGGAGAGCUGA